AUGCCUAAAGACGGUUUGAGAGUGCCAGCUGAAGAACUACUGAACAACUUUGUGUUCAAGAGCACGGUGAGGGUGUCUGUGCUGAACCAGGAGAUAAAAAAACACAGAAGCAUGCAGGGCCCCAAAGAAACAGAAUAUGCAGAUCUGUGCACUGCAGUUCUGAAGCAUGCGGAUGACACCCGAAAUAUUUUGUGCUACAUCGACAACCUAAAUAUUGAAGAGACAGAGAAAGAGGCCCUGCGUCAGUAUGCUGGGAUGGCCAGCUUAGAAAGCGUUAUAUACAACAUGGGGCAUGCACUGAUAGAAAUGAAGGGGCUUCAGGUGGUAUCAAACAUAAACACGUGCUUUGUAAGAAGAACCAGGAAGUUUUGGAUAGAUCUGGACAACGUUGAGACCAUAUACAGCUUAAUUAUUCCAUAUCUGCCGGUGUAUAUAUUUGGAGACGACGGAUCUGGAAAAAUAUCAUCGUACAUCUCCAGCGUGUACUUUGAUACCGAGAACUUCGGCCUGUACAAUAAAAGAAUCCGAAGAGACCAGGGGGCAAAGUCGCUUAGAAUAAGAAGCUAUGGAGAGUCGUCCAUAAUAUCAUAUGUCGAGCUGAAAACCCACGAAGACGGGUGGACCGGCGAAAGAAGCACAAAAAAGAGAUUCCUGAUAAACACAAAGCUAAUUAACAGCCUGGCACAGGGCACAGAUAUCUGGAGCAGCAUUGAGUCCAUCAACGUAGGGGUUGAAGGCGCUUUUGCGCUGUACACAGAAGUCCUUGCCCUCAUCAGAGAAAUGUCGUUGAACCCUGUUGUAAAAACAGUGUACAGCCGAACAGCCUUCCAAUUCCCGGGGGACUCCUCAAUUAGAAUAUCUUUGGACACAAACCUGGCCAUGUGGACCGAAAAGUCCGGGAAGCUCUUCCCAUACGCCAUACUCGAGGUAAAGCUUGAGGAGGGCAAAGAGCCGGACUGGAUCCUAGAGCUAAUGAACAGCCCUCUUGUGGUGCCAGUUGACAAGUUUUCCAAGUAUCUGCACGGGUGCUCUGUUCAUUACGAUAACGUGCCGUGCAUACCAUACUGGUACAACCAGAUAACCGUUCCUAUCAAAAGACAAACUGAAAUUUCACAUAGAGAAGUAACUGCAGAAAGACUCGCUAGGCUAGGCACAGAAAUAUCCGAAAUAAUGAAAAAAUUCACAACCCUGGAGUCAAACGAAUACGCUCUCCCCAUGCAGGCAGACAGCAGCAGCUCAGAUUACUAUGAAAGAAGCGCAGGCGUGCCCUUUGGCAGCACGGUUGCCAUAGACCCAGUCCACGGAAGUGUGGAAGAAAGAAGAUCGGCACCCCAAACAAAAUCUCCACAGCAAGCACAAAUACAGAACUCAAACAUAAACAGACCACAAACAAUGGCAGAGGAAAAUACAAGAGGAAACUUUUUCCAACCAACGGCAUUACGGGCAACAGAGGGCCCAGCAGUUCCCAGUUCGGCAUCGGACAAGCCCAUUGCAGUUCCUGUGCGCGUUGAGCCCAAGGUGUUCUUUGCAAACGAAAGAACAUUCCUUUCCUGGCUGCAUUUUGCUAUUUUUAUCGGUGGCAUAGGGGCAGCCCUAAUGGGCCUGGGCGACAUUCAGGCAGCUCUUUCUGGAGUCUGUUUUGUGAUAGUCUCGAUUAUAUUUUCGAUUUAUGCCUUGUACUUGUACGUGUGGAGAGCCAGGAAAAUAAAGGAAAAAGACCCCGGCCCGUACGACGACCACAACGGCCCUAUAGUCCUGGUUGCAGUCUUCCUGUCUGCAAUGGUUACUUCUGUUUUCUUCAAAUUUCCAGUAAAGUAA